GGAACAGACCCCAUUCCCCGUCAAAGUCCCUUCAAAUAAAUGCGGUUAUGCUGAUGUCAAUAACAACAACAAACAUUCUUGCAUGAAAUCCCCAAGAUGGUUAAGCCUGGGGCCCUCCAAACUAACACCCGCUUAUAAUGGUGAAUUCUAAACUAUGCGUUUGUUACGUGGAAGGAAGUUAUGCUCCACAUUCACUAGCUUUUUGCUCUUAAUCAUUUCAGUGUUGUUCUGCAGCACAGUUUUCCUCAGCUACAAAGUGCUUACCAGUGAGCAAUGCCGUAGCGAAAGAAGCGAAAUUUUGCGCUAUGAAACCACCAACCCCAAGCACAAACCCAUACUAUCCAAACAUAAACUAGCACUGCUGGUGCCGUUUAGAAACAGGCUGGAAGAGCUCAUGGUAUUCGCCCCGUAUAUUCACGACUUUCUCAAAGAACAAGGAGUGAACCAUCAGAUUUUUGUGCUAAAUCAGGUGGACUCUUACAGGUUUAAUAGAGCUUCUUUGAUCAAUGUGGGGUAUCUCUACACGAAAAAUGAGUACGAUUACAUUGCAAUGCACGAUGUAGAUCUGUUGCCUCUGAACAAGGCGCUUAUGUACUCCUACCCCAGUCAGCCCCAUCAUUUAGCAGCCCCACACUUACACCCGAGGUAUCACUAUGCAAAGUUCAUUGGGGGCAUUCUGUUGAUUAAUCGGGAACAGUUUGCUUUGGUUGACGGCCUUUCGAACCGAUACUGGGGCUGGGGAUUGGAAGACGACGAAUUUUACGUGCGACUCCGAGAUGCUCAGCUAAACGUAACCAGGCCUGAGAAUAUUCUCACGAACAGAACAAACACGUUCAGGCAUAUACAUGACAAGUCGCGGAAAAGGGACACAGUCAAAUGCGAUAGGCAGAAAGAGGUGACCCGGCGGAGGGACCGCGAAACUGGUUUGCACGAUGUCAAGUACAAAAUAUCCAGUCAUAACGAGUUAGUCAUCAAUGGGGCCCCAGUGAUUUUGAUCAAUAUAAGACUGAUGUGCAAUACCAACCAAACGCCUUGGUGUGACUGCGAAGGCAAGCCGUAGAGUGGAUGCAUGGGAAAUUAGCUAACUUAUUAACAAGGGAAACUUUAGUAGUAAUCAUGAAAGGCGCCAGAAGUGAAGUUGUAGAUCAAGUGCUUUUUGGGCGUGUGAUUGUAUUAAUAAACUAUUUGCUCGUU